AGUGGUGGCGCAAGUCUCUCUCUCUCUGCAUCACGCUGUUCUUCUCAUUUAACAGCGCUGAGUGUGUAUCAGAGCACCAGAGAAACCAAUGCAACGGCACGCUCAGCUCAGAGACACACACCGCGAUGCAGUACAGGAUGCAUUGCUGCAACUGGCCUCCAUUGUUGACGUCAGCAGCCUUCAGACGACCAUCAAAGAUGUGCUCCGAAUCGUCCUGUCAAACGUGGAGUGUGUGUUCGUGUACCUGUUGGAGGCGGAGUCUCAGCUGCGAUGUGAGGAUCCGCCCCAUGAGGUGCCUUCAGAGGGCAAGCUCAGAGACGCGGUGAAGCAGCAGAAGAGACUGCAGUGCUCCGGCCUGCCAUCAGCAGAACUACACCAGAACCAAACCAGCUCACUGACCGCACCGCUGCCGGCCCACAAACAAGUGCUCAUCAUUCCUCUGUCGGACCAUGAUGAAGCGAAGGUGAUCUCGCUGAUUCUGCUCUGCUGUAAACCACUGACAGAACAAGAUGAACAAAACCUCACCAUCCUGGAGAAACAUCUCACUGUGGCCUGUAAGCGAGUCAGAGACAUUCAGAGAUGCUCCAAACAUCCACACGCUCAAUCCCACAAUGCACCAGCGAAUCCAAAACCCCAGCCACAGCCAGAGGACUACAGAGAGCUCGACCGCAAGAUCCUACGGCUGUGUGGUGAGCUGUACGAUCUGGACGCCGCCUCCCUUCAGCUGAAAGUCAUCAAUUAUCUGCAGACAGAGACUCAGUCGCAGUGCUGCUGUUUACUGCUGGUCUCUGAAGACAACCACCAGCUCUUCUGUCAGGUUGUCGGAGAUAAAGUUCUGGAAGAGGAAAUCAGUUUUCCACUUAUGUUCGGUCGGUUCGGGCAGGUGGUGGAGACAAAGACAUCCAUUACACUACAGGACGUCAGCCAGGAGGAGCGCGGGUUACUGAGCAGUUUGUUGGGGUUCGAGCCGAAUUCGAUGCUCUGUGUUCCUGUCAUCAGUCAAGCCACUGGACAGGUGGUGGCGCUAGCGUGUACCUUCAACAAACUGGGCGGACAGAGGUACAUGGAGGCGGAUGAGCAUGUGAUCCAGCACUGUUUCUGUUACACGUCGACGGUUCUCACCAGCACACUGGCCUUCCAGAAGGAGCAGAAACUCAAGUUUGAGUGUCAGGCUCUGCUGCAAGUGGCUAAAAACCUCUUCACACACCUCGAUGACGUGUCUGUAUUACUGCAGGAGAUCAUCAUCGAGGCCAGAAACCUGAGCAACGCUGAGAUUUGUUCUGUGUUCCUGCUGGAUCACUUCAGUCAUGAGCUCGUGGCCAAAGUGUUUGAUGGAGGAGUCGUGAACGAUGACGAGAAGGAGUUUCGUAUCCCGGCGGAUCAAGGCAUCGCUGGUCACGUGGCCACUACUGGGAAAAUCCUCAACAUCAAGGAUGCGUAUUCCCAUCCUCUGUUUUACCGCGGUGUGGACGACAGCACGGGCUUCAGGACGCGAAACAUCCUCUGCUUCCCCAUCAAAGAUGAGAACGAAGAGGUGAUCGGUGUGGCAGAACUGGUGAAUAAAACGAACGGCCCGUGGUUCAAUCGUUUCGAUGAGGAUCUGGCAACGGCGUUCUCCAUUUACUGUGGCAUCAGCAUCGCUCAUUCUCUGCUGUAUAAGAAGGUCCAUGAGGCUCAGUUCCGCAGUCAUCUGGCCAAUGAGAUGAUGAUGUACCACAUGAAGGUUUCGGAGGAGGAGGUCACUAAACUCCUGCACAGCGGCAUUGAGCCGGUCCAGAAAAUCCAUCCGGACUUCUCCGAGUUCACGUACACGCCUCGCUCUCUGCCCGACGACAACACGCCUAUGGGCGUCCUGAGCAUGCUUGAAGACAUGGGCUUCAUCAACACCUACAAGCUCGACCUCCACACAUUAGCCAGGUUUUGUCUGAUGGUGAAGAAGGGCUACAGGGACCCUCCGUAUCAUAACUGGAUGCACGCUUUCUCCGUCUCACACUUCUGCUACCUGCUCUACAAGAACCUCCAACUGUCCAACUACCUCGAAGAUAUAGAGAUUCUGGCGCUCUUCGUGUCCUGCAUGUGUCAUGAUCUGGAUCAUCGAGGAACCAACAACUCCUUCCAGGUGGCCUCGCAAUCUGUUCUGGCAGCCCUUUACAGUUCAGAGGGAUCUGUGAUGGAGAGACAUCACUUCGCUCAGGCCAUCGCCAUCCUCAACACACAAGGCUGCAACAUCUUUGAGAAGUUCUCCAGAAAGGAUUAUCAGCGGAUGCUGGAUCUGAUGAGAGACAUCAUCCUGGCCACAGAUCUGGCUCAUCACCUGAGGAUCUUCAAGGACCUGCAGAAGAUGGCUGAUGCUGGUUAUAACCCGAGGAGUCAAAGCCAUCGCAGUCUACUGCUGUGUCUCCUCAUGACCUCCUGUGACCUCUCUGACCAGACCAAGGGCUGGAAAACCACCAGGAAGAUCGCGGAGCUGAUCUAUAAAGAGUUCUUCUCUCAGGGCGAUCUGGAGAAGGCGAUGGGAAACAGACCCAGUGAGAUGAUGGACCGUGAGAAAGCCUACAUCCCUGAACUCCAGAUCAGCUUCAUGGAGCACAUUGCCAUGCCAAUAUACAAGCUCCUGCAGGAGAUUUUCCCGCGUUCGGCCGAGCUUUACGAGCGCGUGGCUGCCAACCGCGAGCAGUGGGCCAAAGUCUCGCACAAGUUCACCAUCCGCGGACUACCGAGCAACAACUCGCUGGACUUCCUGGACGAGGAGUUCGAGCUGCUGCAGUCUCAGGGAGCCUUCGGAGAUGAUUCGCACCGCAUGAACGGAUGCCUGGAUGACGACUGCGACAAACACAACCAAUGACGUCGCUAGGGCAAAGGUCACCUGAUGGAUUCUGUCUUGGUAAAAUUCCGUAGUUACCGACGAGGCUUUGAGGAAAGGUUCAUUGUUGCCUUUUUGCCGUUGCUGUGGAGACGCGUCUUGCUCAGUGGAGAACGAUGGAUGGUGUUGAGCAGUCGGAGGAGUGUGUAAUAUUACGCAAACAUUACGACUGAAAAAAGUGAUGUUCUCAGUGGCCACGUUGUAAUACCUAAACAUAUUCUAUUCUAAAUGAA